UUCCUGGGGGCUGCGGAAAGUGGAGCUACUCUGCAGUUCCGAGGACUUGGGAGGAGUACUGGGUACCCCUGGGGAGUGCACAUCCAGCCAAGCCGGAGCUUGAGUUUCCCGAAGGGCCCCUGUCCGCAUCUGGGGCGAGAUGGCCGCAGGCGUCCGGGCGUCCGAGUCCUGGGUUCUCGUCUGCUUCGGAGCGCUGCUGGCCCGCUGGGUCGCCGCAGGAUUGGAGGCUGUCAUCAUUGGAGAAAUUCACGAGAACAUCACCCUGCACUGUGGCAACAUCUCGGGACAGAGGGGCCUCGUGACCUGGUGCCGCAAUGACUCGGAGUCAGUCUUCCUCUUGUCCUCCAAUUCCAGCCUCCCACCAGCCCAGUCACGCUUCUCUCUGGUGAAUGCCAGCUCCCUGCACAUCGAGGCGCUGAACCUGCAGGAUGAGGGGAACUACACCUGCUCUGAGAUCCUGAACAAGACCGAGACCCGGAGGUUCCAAGUGUGGCUGCAGGUGGCCAACGGCCCCUCUCAGGUUGAGGUCAACAUCUCCAGCACUGGCAGGCUCCCCAACGGCACCCUCUAUGCAGCCAAGGGCUCCCAGGUGGACUUCAGCUGCAGCAGCAGAUCCCAGCCUCCGCCUGUGGUUGAGUGGUGGUUCCAGGCCCCAGGUUCCACCACUGAACUCUUUGGGAACAACCUGACAGCCAGCUGCUUCACGCUGUUACUAAUGUCACAGAACUUGCAAGGGAACUACACCUGUUUGGCCAAAAACGUGCUCAGCGGGAGACAUCGAAAGGUGACCACCGAGCUCCUGGUCUACUCUCCCCCUCCGUCAGCCCCCCAGUGCUGGGCAGAGGUGUCGCCAGGAUUGUUCUCACUGCAGCUCAACUGUCGCUGGGCUGGGGGAUACCCAGACCCAGACUUCUUGUGGACAGAAGAGCCAGGAGGUGUGGUCGUGGGAACAUCAAAGCUGGGGGUGGAGAUGCUGAGCCAGUCCCAGCUGUCGGAUGGCAAGAAGUUCAAGUGUGUCGGGAGCCACAUAGUGGGGCCGGAGUUGGGAGCCAGCUGUGUGGUACAGAUCAGGAGCCCCUCCGUUCUCUCUGAGCCCAUGAAGACUUGCUUUGUGGGGGGCAAUGUGACGCUUACCUGCCAGGUGUCUGGAGCCUACCCCCCUGCCAAGAUCAUGUGGCUGAGGAACCUCACCCAGCCCAAGGUGGUCAUCCAGCCCAGCGGCCACCACCUCAUCACCCAGAGUGGCCAGAGCUCCACCCUCACUAUUCGCAACUGCUCCCAGGACCUGGACGAGGGCUACUACGUCUGCCGGGCUGAGAAUGCUGUGGGGGUGAGGGAGGUGGACAUCUGGCUGAGCGUGAAAGAACCUCUAAACAUCGGGGGAAUCGUGGCCACCAUUGUGAGCCUGCUUCUGCUGGGACUGGCCAUUAUCACCGGGCUCCUGUUGUAUUACAGCCCUUUGUUCUGCUGGAAAGUAGGAAGCACUUUCAGGAGGCAAGACAUGGGUGAUGUCAUGGUUUUGGUGGAUUCAGAAGAAGAAGAGAUGGAGGAGGAGGAAGAUGCUGCAGAAGAGGAAGAGGAGGAAGCCAGUGAGAGGGAGGAGUCGCCAAUAGAAAUAACCAAGUAUGGCCACAUUCACAGAGUGACCGCGCUGGUGAAUGGGAAUGUGGACCAGAUGGGCAAUGGACUGCAGGCUCUUCAGGAUGACAGCAGUGAGCAGCAGAGUGACAUCAUUCAAGAAGAAGACAGGCCAGUGUGAAGAAUACAACUGUCCUUUGAUAUCCUGUCUUAAAAGCUUGGAAAGCUAUGUUCAAGAUGAGUUUCAUAUUCUGCUUUACUUGACUUGCACCCCUGCCUGAGGGCUACAAUGGGUUUGGAGGUUCUCAGCAAAACAGGAAAACACACAUACAUCUUUCCUACCGUCCCCCCCUCUUUUUUUCCUAAAUUGGUUUGAUUUACUGUAACUUUUCUCAACAAUGGUGAAAAGCUUUGGGAAUGGGUAGUGUGUGGGGGGAAAGCUACAUUUGGGCUUUCUCCAGGUUGACUGAUGCUGAGAUGGGGGAGCAGGAGUAGGGGGAGGCAGUAGGCCUCACUGUCCUUUGUCACUAUUAAAGGUCUGUAACUAGCCCGUGCCGGUACACAAGGGAACAGUGUGGGCUGAUAAGGAUACUUCCUUUCUCACUGCCUAGGUGAGCUGAGGAACCAGGUGAACAUCAGCUCUCUGAAAAGGUGAAGAGGUGCCAGUUACUGCGUUAAUCAGAGGGAGGCAGUUUGCUUUGGGUUUUGAGUUGGAAACACCCAGGCUUCAAUCUGGACCUGGCUCCUUGCCUGUUUCAUGGGCUUGGGCUUUACCUUUUCCCCUGAGCCUCAAUUUCCUCAUCUGUGAAAUGGGUGAAAUCACACUUACUUUACAGGGUUAUGGUGGGGACUGAGGUCCUUCAGGAUGUGAAAGUGUCUAGCAGAUGCUCCUUCUCCUUUGCCUUCUCUAGUGGAAGGGAAAAAGAUGUCCGUGGUUCAGUUACAAACUGCUGCCUGGGCCUUUCAUUCUCUGUAGAAUGGUUCCAGACCAGGGCAUCAUCAGAGCUCUCCUGCGGAUUUUUGCUCUCCUGGAGAUGAAAUUCUUUUCAAAAGAGAUAGGGGCCAAUAAGAGGAAGUGCCUUUCACCAGAACCUCACAUGUGUCAGAGCUUCAUAUUUAUAGAAAAGCCUCUUAGGUGAUGCACUAUUAAUUUUGACUUUCCCACCCUUCCUUUCUCCUGUGGCUUUGAAAAAGGCAGGAGGAAUGUUUUGUAACAUAGUAGACCUGUGGCCUCGGUUUCUUGAUCUCAGAAAUGGGAUUAGGAAAAUGUAUUUCCUUCCUAAGGAUGUUAUGAGGAUACGCUGCUCAAUAAUGCUAAGUUCUGAAUGAAAAUAACACAUGAUGAGUUGAAGCUGCUAUUGUUUCCAGUAGAUCCCUGUAUAGAGUUUUCUUUUCUUUUCUUUCUGAUUUCAUCCUAAUCUCCUAAAUGUCAGGGACCUUCUAAGGGUGUAAAAUAUGUGUGUUAAACUUGAAAAUCUGACUUGAAUUUGCACUCUUUAAUACUGCAUAUUCUGCUCUAACAGGCAAGACUUAAAGGAGAACUUCCCUCUCCAAUAACAGGGCCUGGGACUUCUAAGAUGAGAAGCUGGUUUUCUGCAGGGUUACCCUGCCGGUGUGGUUGGGGCAGGUCAGUUUUCUUGGAUGAAGGAACAAAACUGAGGAAGUCACCAGAAGUGAGAGCCCUGUCCUCAGCUCAGAACACUGGGGAAGUCAGAGGCUGGUUGCAGUGUCCACCCCUCAGGAAUACCUGUGGCCUUGUUCUCUUGAUGGGCUGGAUCUUUUGCUGCAUGGAACCUCAUGUACUUAACCACUCUCACCAGUCUAAGUGUCAUUUCAGAAUGGGAUACUUAAGACAGGCUGUGUUUAAAGUCAUUGAACACUGAGCUAGUCUUUGAUGAAUCCAUUUCUGGAUCUGACAGUCCACUGUGCAGAGGCAACCAUAUUUUAAAAAGGAAAAAGCAGAGAAACUGUAGGCAGGGGGAAAAAGAAUUCCCUACCUGGAAGGCACACAAUGAUUUGCAAUAUGACAGAAAUGCUCCCCGUGACUUCCUCUUCUCUUGCAUGCACACCUGAUGAUAGGAAAUCUUCAAGAAAGGAUUUUCCCCUUGCAAAUGGGAGCUUCAAGGUCUUGGUGCCAAACAUGAUAAACCCUUGUCCAGCUGAGCUGUGACUGCUGUCACGUAUAUCUGAGCCCUGUGUGCACAGAUAAUAUUGUUGGGUCAGUUAAGAGCUGAAGUACUGGGGGGCGGGGUGGGGGGGGCAAUGUCUUCAAGCUUUAAGGAUUUUUAAAGAAUUAGGGCUUUUUUUGUUGUUCUUUAAGAUGACCCAUCCCCAACUCCACUAGCACGUCAUCGACAGUGGUUUAUAGACUUUCUGUGGCAAAGUCCAACUCAUUACAUUGUGCUUUAAAAAAAAAAAAAAAAAAAAAACUUACCUGAAUGAAUUGUGAACUGGAGACCAGGAGAUAUACUUAUCAGAACCUAGAAGAUAAAUACUUCUGGGCCAUUGCAACUGACAUUGCUUUUCCACAAAACCUGGUGGACCUUGGGGAGGGGGGGGGGUCCCAUAAUCCUGUGGCUUUGAUAUCAGUUCCCAUUCUCACAAGCACAUACCUAUUACUAUUACUGCAGCAGGAAAGCCCAUGAUGGAAAAUCUCCCUAACCUAGGCACUGAAACCUGGAAAAUCAUCUUUAUUGGGUAAAAUUUAUUAUGAUGCAACAUGUGCCAACUGGUAUUUCUCACCAUGGUCCUGGCCAGGAACUGAUGCAAAAAGAAACAGCUCUCUCUGCACUACUUACAUUUUAAUAUUUGGUAUGGAGGUGGGGGGUUGGGAGAAAUUCAUCCUGAUGUUAGAACAUGGAUUUGUUUUUUUAAGAUAAUAGAAUAAAGUUAUUUUUAAAUAAA